CUGUUUUGUUAGAAAGACAACCCAAUCUUGAAAGCUCCAACCGUACGAAUAUACCAAAAGAUUGCGGGCCUCGAUUACAUCGAAGAAGAGAACCCAUGAAUAUGCCACCUCCUUUUCUCUCUCUUUAAAAUCUGAAAGUUUCAGCUCAUUAAUUCGAGAAGAUAUUGUUUAUUCAUUCGUGGGAUUUUGGAUGGAGCCGCGCGUGGGAAAUAAGUUCCGGCUCGGACGGAAAAUUGGAAGUGGCUCAUUCGGAGAGAUAUAUUUAGGUACUAAUAUACAGACAAAUGAAGAAGUUGCUAUUAAGCUUUUAAUGUGGACCUAAGAUGGGUUCGUCUGGAGUUGAAGUUGUUUGUUUAUGGUGAAUGCAAUGUAAAGGGACAUAUGGUCAAUGGAAAAGCUAUGAUCUUUUGGUGUCGCUGUCUUAAUCCUCAGUUACUCUAAGAGAGAGUGGUUAUUUUGUCGUCUUUUUGGGCCAUGGUGGCUGUUGUAAUCUGAUUAUGGUGUGUAGAGAUCAUUGAAGGCAGAUUGUCAAGGAUCAUUCCUGGAAGCAUUUGAAGAUUUUCAUUUUCUAGCCAAUGAUAUAUGCUGAUCAGAUUUUCUGUUUGUCAAAAUCUACUUAUUACGAGGUAUAUUGAAACACGGUGAUUAUCUAUGUAAAAAGUGAACAUACAAAUGCUUUUGUGGUCCAUUCAGCUUGACAGAGAGGGAGGAUCAUUUCUGAACCUUGUUGUAACCAUGUUCGUGGGAGAGAUUAGUGUAGUUCUCUUCUAUUGUGCCGGGCAGUUGUGCAGUUUGAGUACGGCACGUAGAGAUUAUUCAAGGCAGAAUGUUGAGCAAGAAUGUCAUUACUGAAAGUUUUUACUCUUCCUUUUAAGACAAUAUCAGUGCUAAUGAAUCUCUGGUCAUAGUCUAGGUAUCGCGUCAUGUGUUCUCCCGUGGACCACCAUGACAGAAAAUGUGGGCUGCUUCACAAUCAUUAAUGCAACUUGCAGCAUUUAUGGGAGAAGGAAAAUGUCAAGACAAAGCAUCCCCAGUUACUCUACGAGUCCAAGUUGUACAAAUUACUACAAGGAGGAACUGGAAUUCCAAGGAUUAGUUGGUUUGGAGUUGAGGGAGACUAUAAUGCCCUUGUGAUGGACUUACUAGGACCUAGUCUUGAAGACUUGUUUAACUUCUGUAGUCGGAAGCUUUCUCUCAAGACAGUUCUAAUGCUUGCAGAUCAGAUGGUUAACCGGGUCGAAUUUGUUCAUUCUAAAUCCUUCCUGCAUCGGGAUAUUAAGCCUGACAACUUUCUCAUGGGCUUGGGAAGGCGUGCAAAUCAGGUGUAUGUUAUUGACUUUGGACUUGCCAAGAAGUAUAGAGACUCCUCAAAUCAACACAUUCCAUAUAGAGAAAAUAAAAAUUUGACUGGAACAGCCAGAUAUGCAAGCAUGAACACCCAUCUUGGCAUUGAACAAAGUCGCAGAGAUGAUUUAGAAUCACUUGGAUAUGUUCUCAUGUAUUUCUUAAGAGGAAGUCUCCCAUGGCAGGGGCUGAGAGCUGGAAACAAGAAACAGAAGUAUGAAAAAAUUAGCGAGAAGAAAGUUUCAACCUCUAUUGAGGCUUUGUGUCAUGGCUAUCCUACAGAGUUCGCUUCAUACUUCCAUUACUGUCGUUCACUUAGGUUUGAUGAUAAACCAGAUUAUGCUUAUCUGAAGAGAAUUUUCCGUGACCGUUUUAUUUCUGAAGGAUUUCAAUUUGAUCAUGUAUUUGACUGGACCAUUUUGAAAUAUCAGCAGUCACAACUUGCCAAUCCUCCUCCUCGUGCCCUUGGGGCUGCUGGAACAAGUUCAGGGAUGCCUCGUCCUAAUAUUGACAGGAAAUCAGGUGGUGAAGAAGGAAAGGCCAAGGACCGGUCUUCUGAAAAUGCUACUCGUGGCAGAGACUUUUUGAAUUCUGGAAGCUUGUCUAGACAGAAAGGUAUUCUUGCAAAUGACUCAUCCAUGGGUAAAGAGAUAUCUAGUUCUUACAUUGGAUCUUCAAGGCGACCUGCCAUCUCUAGUAGUCGUGAUCUGUUGGCUUCCGAGAAUAUUGUAAGCCCAGGAACACUCCGGCAAAUCUCACCACUAGUCUCAUUGGAUCAAAAACUCGCAUCUUCUACCAGAACUAUAAAGGACUUCAAAUCCAAUCUCAAGGGUAUAAAGAGCCUCAACUUAGGUAAUGACGAGAAGGUGCACUAUUAGCUACUGUUUUCUCACUCAUUCCCUUCUACUGUACAUAUUCGAGCUGUAGACUUGGGAGAAUCUGUACUUCUGUCUACUAAGGAAAGCUGGCUGAGGAUAUAUCUAAGAAUUGUGCAAAAAACACACAAUAACGAAGAGGUACCGAAGAUCUUGGUUUUUUCGUGUGUGGAGCAAAGUGUGUGUUUUUCGAAAUCUUUUGUUUCCAAUAUGGAAAAAGUCCGCAUACGAGACAAUGGGAUGUCACCAUUUGUAAUGAAGCAAUCAUAACACCAAUGUGUAGCCUGAAUUUGGUGAUUGGCUUGUAUAUUGCUCCACGGGACAUUCUACAUUAAAUCAAUUUUCAUCAGGGUGAUUUUUUAUAUUUUUUAUUU